AUCACGUACAUAGUUCUUCAGUUCAUUUUAAACCUACUUGGUUUCCCUUACCAAAAUUGUCUCAACUAUAGCCAUGGAUUGUAGUAAGCAAUUGCGAAAUCCUCAAGCUGAGGAGCAGCAAAUUCAUCAAUGGCAGACGAAAUCCGAACUCUCUGCUUACUCUGUACAUGAUCAAAGUCGACGAUCUGCGAAUUACAAGCCGAAUAUCUGGAAGUAUGAUUUCCUUGAAUCUCUUAACAGCAAAUUUGAUGGAGAAUGUUAUCUGAUCCAGAUGCAGAAGCUGAUAAAAGAUGUAAAGAAGUUGUUUGUUGAAUGUAAGGAAUCAGAUGUAAUAGCAAAGCUGGAGCUGAUCGACAGCAUCCGAAAAGUAGGCCUGAACAACCACUUUGAGCAGGAAAUCAAGGCUGCCCUAGACGCCAUAGCAUCUGCUGAACUCGAAAACAACAGCAAUCCCUGCAUUAGUUCAGAGGGUGAUCUCUAUGCUGCUGCACUAUUCUUUAAGAUUCUCAGGCAGCAGGGUUAUCAAGUUUCACAAGAUAUAUUUGGUCGUUUUAUGGAUGAAAUGGGUACAUUAAAGAAGAGCACAUCUGGGAAUGUCAAAGGAAUGAUUGAACUUUUGGAGGCCUCAAACUUAGCUUUUGAAGGUGAAGAUAUCCUAGAGAAGGCUCAAGCUUUCUUAAUCGCCACUCUCAGAGAUACCAAUACUAUGUGGGAUGAAAUAGACAGUAGCAUUUCCAAGCAUGUGACUUGUUCCUUGGAGCUUUCAUCACAAAGGAGAGUGCAGUGGUUUAACGUGAAAUGGCACAUCAAAGCCUACGAGAAAAACCGUACUAAUCAACCCUACAUGACCACUUUACUUGAGUUGGCUAAACUUAACUUCAACGAGGUUCAAGCCACACUCCAGAAAGAUCUAAGGGAAGCAUCCAAGUGGUGGUACAAUCUGGGUCUCACAAAGAACUUGGACUUUGCAAGAGAUAGAAUGGUCGAAUGCUUCAUGUGUGCUGUGGGAUUGGCUUUCGAGACAGAUCACAAGUCUUUUAGAAAAUGGCUGACCAAAGUUAUCAAUUUGAUACUUAUCAUAGAUGACGUUUAUGAUGUUUAUGGCUCGUUGGAAGAGCUAAAACACUUCACCAGAGCUGUUGAAAGGUGGGAUGUUAUGGAAACUGAACAGCUUCCGGAGUGUAUGAAGAUCUGUUUCCAAGUACUCUACAACACAACUUGUGAAAUUGCUAAUGAAACUGAGGAGGAGAAUGGGUGGAACCAAGUGUUACCUCAGCUAUGCAAAGUGUGGGCAGAUUUUUGUAAAGCACUGUUGGUGGAGGCAGAGUGGUACAAUGAGGCCUACACACCAUCCUUUGAAGAGUACCUUAGCAAUGGUUACAUUUCAUCAUCUGCUUCUCUUAUUUUCACUCAUGCAUUCUUCGCCACAAAACAUGAGGAAGGAGUAGAUGAUUCUCUGCACAUGAAUGAAGAUCUUGUGUACAAUAUCUCGGUGAUACUUCGACUCCUCAACGAUCUGGGAACUUCUGCGGCCGAGCAAGAGAGAGGCGAUGCUGCUUCAUCAAUCCUAUGUUACAAGAGAGAAAUGAAUGUUUCAGAAGAAAUAGCUCGAAAGAACAUCAAAAGCAUGAUAGACAAUGCAUGGAAGAAAAUAAAUGAAAAUUGCUUGACCAGAAAUCCCAAAAUAUCUUCAUCAUACAUCAACAUUACCACAAAUAUUGCUCGCGUGGGGCACAUCCUUUACCAAGAUGGAGAUGGAUUUGGUGAUCAAGAGCAAGGGACUCGGGCACUGAUCCAAUCUUUACUAGUUGAACCUCUCUCUUAA